UGGGAACUUCAGUGGAGACUUUGGUUCUUCGCCAAGAUUAGCUAUGAAAUUCUCUACAUCAGUUUCAUUGCUUUUGGUGGCGACGGUUUGCUGUUCCGUCGUGAAUGCAGCCGAAGAGAAAUUGCCAUUGGCAGCCGUUGCCAAUCGCCAAUCCAGGCAAAUGUUCUUCAUGCCUCCACCACCGCUAUUUCAUUAUUACAACCCCUAUGGAAGUCAGAUACUGUUGCCGACAGAACAAGAUCAAAUUGACCCCGGGCAGUUUUCAGGCGAUUCCAAAUCGGACAUGGUGAUGGGAAAAAUAGUAAUGGAUACAAAUGAGGUAAUCACCUUAUCUCCAGAUAGCACACUGUGCAAAGUCUCUUCAGCCUUCACUCUCGGCUUUAUCCCUUGCAUAAAAUCAACAAUUGCGGCGACAGGAAGUAUAUCCAUCACUUUUACAGCUGCACAAAUAGCUGCUGUAACAAUCGCGCCACGGAAGCCGAGAUAUACCAAAGUGAAAAUCACAUGUACCGAUCUCGUCGAUGUUGUUGUUUUCACGAAAUCCGGCACGUUACAAGCAACGGGCAUUAAGGAAGUAACUGCAGAUAAACCAGCACUAUUGGUAGCGACUGUAGCCGAUACCAAGACUAGCGGCACGUUGAAAUGCAAGUGGUCCUCACUUUAAUCACUCGACGUGUGCUACAAUAAGAACAGCAGAGCUGCUAAUAUCUAUAUGCAUAUAGUCUAGCUCCACUUGUCCGUGCAAUCUAAAUCAAGAACACAAUCAGCGAUUUAAUAUUGUCGUUGCUGUGACGGUCGAUGGGCUGUAUAAUUUAAAUUUAUUUAGCACCAGUGGCGUUGUAGGCCUACUUGUCUGUUUGAUACUUAUAAAAAUAUAUAAAAAUAUAAAAAUACAUUUAUUUGAAAACUUCAACAAUAAAAUGCUUGCAUGUU